CGAAUUUUUUCCAUGGUAGGUAUAGCUGGCCAACGGCAAAAUGAUGAUCAAACACGAAGAGAGAGAGAAGGCCAAACAAGAAAAUAUAGAAAGAGACUUGGUGGAGUGGAGGCGAUAGAACCAAAGAUGAUAGUUGGAAGGAAGUCCAUUUAAUUUGGGUCAGCAGCCAAGUAAGAGAGUAAGAGACACCCAAAACCAAGAGAGCCGAGAGCGGUGGCCAGCAACACCGUUGGCUCUUCCCUCCUGUCUUCUCCUUCUUCCAUUUGUUGUAUACAAGAUCUCCAAUCAUCCCUUCUCUUCGUAGUUACAGAAAUGGCAGCGAUUUUGAAGGGUAUAGUGGCGACCUCAGUUCUGUCAUCAUCCUCUGAUUUCGUUCCUAAGGGAGUUCAGCUCCCCUCCCUCAAAUCUCUUCCAGUUUCAGAGCGGAAGGGAGGUUUUCUGGUUGACGGAUCUGAUGCAAAGGUGGUUCCUGUUUCUAAUGCCAGAGCUCGCAGUGCUGGCCGAUUGGUUGCUGCUAAUGCUGUUGCAGCUGAAAAGUCUGCGGCUUCUACAGCAUCUAAGACUGGAGGGCAUGAGCUUUUGCUAUUUGAGGCCCUUCGAGAAGGUCUGGAAGAAGAGAUGGACAGAGAUCCUCGAGUCUGUGUCAUGGGGGAGGAUGUGGGUCACUAUGGAGGCUCAUAUAAGGUGACCAAGGGCCUAGCCAAGAAGUAUGGGGAUCUCAGGGUGCUGGACACUCCCAUUGCUGAGAACUCAUUCACUGGUAUGGCUGUUGGGGCUGCAAUGACAGGCCUCAGGCCAAUUGUUGAGGGCAUGAACAUGGGCUUCCUUCUCCUGGCAUUCAACCAGAUCUCCAACAACUGUGGCAUGCUUCACUACACCUCAGGUGGUCAGUUCAAAAUUCCAAUUGUCAUCCGUGGGCCUGGAGGUGUUGGACGUCAGCUUGGGGCAGAGCACUCUCAACGACUAGAGUCAUAUUUCCAGUCAAUCCCUGGGAUCCAGAUGGUUGCCUGCUCAACCCCUUACAACGCCAAGGGCUUAAUGAAGGCAGCUAUCCGGAGUGAGAACCCAGUGAUAUUGUUUGAACAUGUGCUCCUCUACAAUCUCAAGGAGAGAAUACCAGAUGAAGAGUAUGUUCUGUCACUGGAGGAAGCUGAGAUGGUGAGGCCUGGUGAGCAUGUUACUAUCCUUACCUAUUCUCGUAUGAGGUACCAUGUGAUGCAGGCUGCAAAGACACUGGUGAACAAGGGAUAUGACCCUGAGGUUAUUGAUAUCAGAUCAUUGAAGCCGUUUGAUCUAUACACGAUUGGAAAUUCAGUGAAGAAGACACACCGUGUACUGAUCGUGGAAGAGUGCAUGCGAACAGGUGGUAUUGGUGCCAGCCUUACGGCCGCCAUCAACGAGAAUUUCCAUGAUUACUUGGAUGCACCAGUUGUUUGCCUCUCAUCACAAGAUGUACCAACCCCAUAUGCUGGAACAUUGGAGGAGUGGACUGUGGUUCAGCCUGCCCAGAUUGUGACUGCUGUUGAGCAACUCUGUCGGUAGUCUAAGCUGCAGCAAAGUUUAGGCUUAGGAGAUUUUGUAUGUUUGAACUGAUAUUUUCUAUUUCUGCAACUUUUUCAUGGCAUUGUUUUCAGUGAGUUUGACGUUCUGUCAAAGAUUUUGUGUUUGUCAUCUAUUACUAUUUUUUAGGUUGAAGCCAUUUACUUCAAUUUUAAUUUGCUGCACUUGUUUUAUA